CCAUUUUGCUACCACCCAGGUAUCAUUAGUGUUUUUCUUGAGCGUUGAAAAAUUCGCAUUCACUUUCAGUGCUGUGGUUGAAAAUCCGGAUUUUUACUUGGUAAACAUGAGCCAAAUGCAACCGCCGCCGUCCGAUGAAGGCAGCUGUCUGACGUGUAGCAGAAAGCCGUUGAAUUUCUACCCGAUUCAGACCGAAGAGGAUCGAAAGCUGGACAUUUGCAGGGUACUGUGUCAACAUUUCUGGUUCCAGGAAGAUGAGCUUCGAAGUGAUAUUAUUUGCAAAGUCUGCUGGGAGAAGGUCAGCGAGUUCCAUGAAUUUUACACAGAAGUGGAAAAGCUACACAAUCAUCGAGACCCUAUACCGCUUCCGGUUUUCAUCAAGGAGGAGGAUGUUUGUCCGAACCAAAUCGAACAGCAGAUGAAUUUUGCAGAAGAAAACUCAAAACCACCAGCAGUUCCAGUGAUCAAGAUGGAACCACCGUCAGAACUGAUCGACGAAGGUUCUGAAAAGCAGGACGAAACCAUUGACGAUGAUUUCUCCGAUGACAAUCAAUCCGAGUAUGAACCGGAGGAAGUGGCUCCUGAGCCACGUAAGAAGCGGAAAUAUACGCGACGAGCACCUGGGGAAAAGAGCGUCAAGAAAGAGAAGAAAGAUACCUAUCCGUACACACCCAAGACACCGGAAGAACGGGAAGUGGAAGAUGCUUUCAUCAAGCAGCACACGCGCUACGUUUGCGAAGACUGUAACGUCGAUUUUGAUCAGUUUCACAUCUUCCAGCGUCACUGCAUGCACACGCAUAACAAAGAAGGUUAUAUCACGUGCUGCGGCAUAAAGCACCGGAAGCGAUCGGUACUUUUCCAACACGUGCAGCACGUUUUGAAUCCUGAAGCGUUCAAGUGCGAGAUUUGCGGUAAGACCUACAAGAAUCGAUUCGGGUACAAUCGGCACAAAAAGGAGAGCCACGCUACGGAGGAAGAGCGCGCUUUCAAGUGCCACCGGUGUCCGAAGAGUUUCGUCAAGGAAGGUGCCCUGAAACGGCACCUGGCAGAUCACGAAACACUUGACAAGGGAACGGCCAAGUGCGAAACCUGCGGCAAGUGUUUCAGCAAUAUUAAUAUACUGAAGAAUCAUGUCAAGUAUCGUCACGUGAAGCAGAUGGAGUACAUCUGCGAUGUGUGCUCGAAAGGAUUCUACAUGCGAUCGACGUUUUUGACUCAUCGAAAGACGCAUGAAGUUUCGGCGGAACAGCUUCGCAAGCAAUGUCCGCAUUGUUUCAAGUGGUGCAAGAAUCACGAUUAUUGGCGCGUCCAUGUGCGACGGCACAAGAAUGAAGGAGAGCUGAGCUGCGACGUUUGCGGUCAUGUGUCGCCGAAUUUGAUGGCACUGAAGGGACACAAGGCGCGGAUGCACUCCGGUCCAAGGGUUUUUCCGUGCAGCUUCUGUGGAAAAGAAUACGCCAGGGCGAUCACGCUGAAAGAGCACGUGGCGGCCGCCCAUACCGGAGACGUCCUGUAUCAGUGUCCGCAUUGUGUGAAGACGUUUAACUCCAGCGCCAAUAUGCACUCCCACAGGAAGAAGAUGCACCCGAAGGAGUGGCUGGAACAACGGCUGGCAAAGUACGGCAGUCGGGAAGGCGUCGGCGGUGGAAUGGCCCUGCCGCCGGUAGGUGUACUGCCGACCGUGACCGGUCUGAACUUAACGGGUGAGGUUCAGCAAAAUACGUUCGAAUAGCAGGAUAGCCGCGUAUAUGGAUUCGCGGUAAACUGUCUUAGAUAUUGAUACCUAAUAAGAUUUCAAACGCAGUGACCAGAAGGGGAGCUCCUUUGUUCUUCCGAAAGCCUUUAGUUUAUGGUUUUUUUAGCGAGGAAGCCUUCGGGAACAGAUG